AUGGAAAGGAUCGUCGGAGGUAAAUUCAAGCUCGGCCGUAAAAUCGGUAGUGGAUCGUUUGGUGAAAUCUUUCUAGCCACACAUAUUGAUUCAUUUGAGAUCGUUGCUGUCAAGAUCGAAAAUAAUAAAACAAAGCAUCCACAACUUUUUUAUGAGGCCAAGUUAUACAAUAUUCUUCAAGGAGGAAGUGGUAUACCUGGUACAAAAUGGUCUGGUGUGGAUGGGGAUGACAAUGUUCUUAUCCUUGAUUUGUUGGGGCCAAGCCUUGAGGACCUAUUUGUGUACUGUGGUAGAAAGUUCUCGUUGAAGACUGUCUUAAUGUUGGCCGAUCAAAUGAUAACAAGGAUUGAAUAUGUGCAUUCUAAAGGGUUUUUGCAUCGGGAUAUUAAGCCUGAUAAUUUUCUUAUGGGUCUUGGCCGAAAAGCAAAUCAGGUUUACAUUAUUGAUUUUGGUCUAGCUAAAAGAUAUCGAGACUCCACAACAAACCGGCACAUCCCUUACAGGGAGAACAAAAAUUUAACAGGGACUGCACGCUAUGCAAGUUGUAAUACUCAUCUUGGAAUUGAACAAAGCAGGCGUGAUGACCUUGAAUCCCUUGGAUACGUUCUUUUGUAUUUCUUGAGAGGAAGCCUUCCAUGGCAGGGUUUGAAAGCUGCUACAAAAAAGCAAAAGUAUGACAAGAUAUGUGAGAAAAAAUUAUCAACUCCUAUUGAGGUGUUAUGCAAGUUCCAUCCCGUGGAAUUUGCCUCAUACUUUCAUUACUGCCAUUCGUUGACAUUUGAUCAACGAUGUGAACUUGAUUACGUAUUUGAUUGGACCAUCCUGAAGUACCAACAGGCACAAACAAGUAAAACACAGCAACGGGCUAUUCCUGGAGAGAAGAGUCCUGCAGUUCCAGUGGAUGUGGAAAAACGUCAAGGCAAUAAUGCUUCUUACUCGGCUGAGUUGACUGAACGUAUGAAAUUAAAGAAUGAUACUACUGCUGGUUUCAGCAUGAAAUUUAAAUCACCGUCAAAUCGAAAUGUGGCUCCUGGGAAUCAUCUUGAUAGAAAUACAAUGAACAAUGCACACAUGCAAUCUACUUCAUUCUCUCCUGCUGGCAUCAUGAUGAUGCUGGUCCUUCGAGUAGUUGGAUUUCUUCUCUGCGGCGCAUUUCUUCUGCCAAAUGAUUCAUGUGGUAGAACCAACCUUAAGUACGUGGUACGGCAUGUUGUGGACUUGAUACGACGUGCUUUGAACUUGGACUAG